AUGAUUCAACCGACAGCGGUACUAUUCGCGCUUAUGCUCAUUGGACAAUCAUUAGUUCAAGUACAAACCGCAACAACGACCCAAAAACAUACAACAACAAAACCAUCAACACCUAAACCAUUAACAUCCAAACCGGCAGGACAAACUAGCCAGCGACCGGGAUCCCAACAGCCAAUAGGAUCUAAAGCAGCGGGACCAACUAGCCAACACCCUGGAUCACAGCAACCAGCGGGACAAACUAGCCAGCACCCUGGAUCACAGCAACCAGCGGGACAAACUAGCCAACACCCUGGUUCACAGCAACCAGUGGGACAAACUAGCCAGCACCCUGGAUCACAGCAACCAGUGGGACAAACUAGUCAGCACCCUGGAUCACAGCAACCAGUGGGACAAACUAGCCAGCACCCUGGAUCACAGCAGCCAAUGGGACAAACUAGUCAGCGACCGGGAUCAGAGCAGCCAAUAGGAUCACAACAACCAGUGGGGCAAACUAGCCAACACCCUGGAUCACAGCAGCCGAUGGGACAAACUAGUCAGCGACCGGGAUCAGAGCAGCCAAUAGGAUCACAACAACCAGUGGGACAAACUAGUCAGCGACCUGGUUCACAACAGCCAAUAGGAUCAGAGCAGCCAAUGGGACAAACUAUCCAACACCCUGGAACACAGCAGCCGAUGGGACAAACUAGUCAGCGAACUUGUUCACAACAGCCAAU